AACAAGCGACCGCCGUCGCGUGCGGACGUGCUGCCGCCCGCUUUCUAAAUGUUCCUCAUCGAUUUGCGCAUACUAAUAGAGUUGUCCGCGUUCGUAAUAUAUUAUAAUUUAUUCCUGUACAAAGUUUUUGAUUAUAUAGUCGUCAACGUGUUGGACAUUGGACAGUAUAUGAUAUCCGACGUGGAAGAUGAUUAGUGUGUGUGUUAUGGUUUAAUUUUUUAACAGUUUAUUUAUUCAACCUGUGAUAUUAGUUUUAAAUAUUUAUUGCCAGUGACAACAAGUACGUACAUAGGUGAAAUGACGGAACAAACAGGAGUGAUCACUAUUCAUCAUAUGCGCCUGCACCGCUGUGAGGGCUGCCUCGCGGCCUGUAGGCCCGAGCGCGGCGCUAGGAGUCUCGUCAGCCAAUUGAAGAAAGCGAGACGGUCUCCAUACACAGCGCCGCCUCUGAACAAGGAGACGAUCAAAAUGGCGGACCUGAAGCCUACGCCGCCAGACAAUAAUGCGCCACCGAUGCCUUGGUUCGGCAUGGACAUCGGCGGCACCCUCACGAAGCUGGUGUACUUCGAGCCGCGGGAGACCAACCGCCGCGAGUUGGACAAGGAGACGGAGAUACUGAAGAACAUACGGCGGUACCUUACCAGGAACUCGGCGUACGGGAAGACUGGAAGACGGGAUGUGCAUUUACAGAUGGACAACGUAACGAUACGCGGUCGUCGUGGUACGCUCCAUUUCAUAAGGUUCCCCACUAGCGAGGUUGGCGCGUUUCUGCAGCUCGCUCGCUCCAAGGGCAUGGCCACUCUUGUCAAUACCAUAUACGCGACUGGCGGUGGCGCGUACAAGUUCGAAGUGGAUUUUAUUAAGGAAGUGAACAUGAACCUGUCAAAGCUGGACGAGCUGGACGCGCUGAUAGCCGGCGUGCUAUUCGUGGACUCCAUGAACCCUCAGGAGUGCUACUACUGGGCGCCUCCUGACUCCAUCACCAGCCAAGAUACUCCUCCGUACCUCGAAGCGUCUCUGAGUCAGUACGCGAGGAAACCCUUCGACUUUUCCAACCCCUACCCCUUCCUGCUGGUCAACAUAGGCAGCGGGGUGUCCAUGCUGGUGGUGAACGCCCCUAACGACUACUACAGGGUUAGCGGUACGAGUCUUGGCGGCGGUACAUUCCUAGGGCUGUGCUGCCUGCUCGCUGGCUGCAGCAGUUUUGAGGAGGCGAUAGCGCUGGCGGCGGCGGGCGACAACACCACUGUCGACAAGCUGGUGCGAGACAUCUACGGCGGGGACUACGAGCGGUUCGGGCUGAGGGGGGACCUCGUCGCUAGCAGUUUCGGGCACAUGUGCUCGGCGGAGCGGCGCGCCAAGGUGUCGCGCGAGGACCUGGCGCGCGCCACGCUCGUCACCAUCACCAACAACAUCGGCUCCAUCGCGCGGCUCUGCGCCUCCAACGAGCGCCUCGAGCGGGUGGUGUUCUGCGGUAACUUCCUGCGCGUGAACCCGCUGUCCAUGAAGCUGCUGUCGUACGCCAUGUCGUACUGGUCGCGCGGCGCUCUCAAGGCGCUGUUUUUGGAGCACGAAGGAUAUUUCGGCGCAGUCGGCUGCCUCCUCCACUACGACAGCAAAAACCACAAGCGCGAGAAGACGAAGUCGGACGGAGCGCCCGCCACGCCGCCCGAGCCCGGCGCGGCGGACAGAUGAGCGUCGCACCCAUGUUCCUACGAUUAUCGCGGUGCGAGGCAUUUGUGUCACGCCACGCCACGCGACGUGUCGCCGCACGCGUAACGUUUGCCACACCUGACGCCACGAAACACCAGAUAAUUGUGUACAUAUCAUUUAGGUAGCAUUGACGCCACGAUACACCAGCUAUUUUUCUACACAUAUCACAUUCUGGUAUGAAUUGCCGCCAUGACGAAAAGUUAUUUAUGCAAACAAUACACUAUACAUUAAGUGAAAAUUGAAGCCAUGAUACACCAGCUGUCUUUACACAUGUAACAUUUGAUACAAAUUGACGCCACGAAACACUAGUUGUGUACACAAUACACAUACUACAUUCGGUGCAAAUUCAAGCCACGAUACACCAACUGUCUUUACACAUGUAACAUUUGUUAAAAAUUGACGCCACGAAACACUAUCUAUUUGUGUACACAAUACACAUACAACAUUUGGUACAAAUUGACGCCACUAUACACCAGUAAUUUGUGUAAAUAUGUCAUAUUUCGGUACAAAUUGACGUUACGAUUCACCAGAAAACUUACUUGGUUUAUCAACAUUUAACACCACUUAACACUAGCGAUUUGUUUUGCAUAGGCCUCAAAAGCAUGGCGUCAGGUGUUAUUAACUGUUACAUAUUACGAGAUGACGCCAGUAUUCAUCAGUGACGCUAAAAUGCGAACCAAGUUAAGAGAAAUAGACAAAAUAUCGUCAAAUGGCGGCGGGGUUGUCCCAUUCUCAUCUCUUUUCCAGUCUCAAGGUAAUGAAAGAGGUAUUUUGUCUGUUUCUUUACACGAGAUUAUCUCGUUGGUUGCUUUAUACUUAAUUAGUCUUACAACAUUCAUUGGAUAUAAGAUAACACGAGCGAUUUGCUUAUACAUUUAAGUCAAAAGAAUGGCGUCAGGUGUCAACGUCUUACAAAGAUGACGCCACGAUUCACCAGAAGCCUUGCAUUGAAAGCGUUAUGAGUCAUUGGAUACCAGAUAACACGACCGAUUUGCUUAUACAUUUAGAUCAAAAGAAUGGCGUCAGGUGUCAACGUCUUACAAAGAUGACGCCACGAUUCGCCAGAAGCCUUGCAUUAAAAGCGUUAUGAGUCAUUGGAUACCAGAUAACAUGACCGAUUUGCUUAUACAUUUAAGUCAAAAGAAUGGCGUCAGGUGUCAACGUCUUACAAAGAUGACGCCACGAUUCACCAGAAGCCUUGCAUUAAAAGCGUUAUGAGUCAUUGGAUACCAGAUAACACGUCCGAUUUGCUUAUACAUUUAAGUCAAAAGGAUGGCGUCAGGUGUCAACGUCUUACAAAGAUGACGCCACGAUUCACCAGAAGCCUUGCACUGAAAGCGUUAUGAGUUAUGAUACCAGAUAACACGAGUAAUUUGCUUAUACAUUUAAGUCAUAAGAAUGGCGUCAGGUGUCAAAGAUGACGCCACGAUUCACCAGAAGCCUUGCAAUAAAAGCGUUAUGAGUCAUUGGAUACCAGAUAACACGUCCGAUUUGCUUAUACAUUUAAGUCAAAAGAAUGGCGUCAGGUGUCAACAUCUUACAAAGAUGACGCCACGAUUCACCAGAAGCCUUGCAUUGAAAGCGUUAUGAGUCUUUGGAUACCAGAUAACACGUCCGAUUUGCUUAUACUUCAAGUCAAAAGAAUGGCGUCAGGUGGCAACAUCUUACAAAGAUGACGCCACGAUUCACCAGAAGCCUUGCAUUGAAAGCGUUAUAAGUCAUUGGAUACCAGAUAACAUGACCGAUUUGCUUAUACAUUUAAGUCAAAAGAAUGGCGUCAGGUGUCAAAGAUGACGCCACGAUUCACCAGAAGCCUUGCUUUAAAAGCGUUGCUGUGAUUUCUUAGCGUCGCGUGGCGUGACGUUGCGAAUGCGUUUCUACCAUCUUUUUUUUUACAAAAGAAGACCCUUGUAGCAUCAGAGCAAUAAAUAAUUCUAAAUAUAGAAUAUACAAACAUAGAUAUGUAUACAUACAAUAUAUUUGCAAUAUGAUAUGGCCUUAUUACAGAUUAUAUUCGAAGUUGAAGUAUUUUCAUCUCACUGGCUUGGUAAUGUUUAAAAAAAAAAAAAUCAAAAUUCAUUUAUUUCAAUUACUUUACAAGCACUUUUUAAAUGUCAGGUUAGACUAUUUGUAAAGACUCUACCAUUUUCUAACAUGAAAUUAGUGCGCAAAAUUACACUUUAACCACUAGCGCGAAAAGUGAUAUGAUUUUGAAAAUUGCAAGCAUUUCUUACUACAACAAUAAAUAUAAAUCUUUUUGCUGUAGUAGAUAAAGCUCGGCCAAAUUGCUAAUUAAAUGCAAUGCUAAAAUGAAAUUUAAAAACAAUGUUUUUUUAGAAUCCCUUUGUUUAUUCGGAAUUCUUACACAGAUAUCAUAACUAUAAACAGUAAUGUAAAAUUAUUAUUCCAUUUUCCUUGCUGUAGUGAGAUGAAUAAUACACAUUACGCAUUAUUGUUUUAAUUACGUGCCUUAGAAUCCCUUGCUACGCUCAGGAUUAUAUUAACGGAUGUUAGAAUCCUUUGCUGGCUCGGUAUUUAUGGUGUUUGAAUUAAUUGUAGUAAUGUAAAGUUAGUACUGAAAAACUCUGUGUUGCACACGAAUAUUGCGUGCCUUUGAAUCCCUCGCUACUGCUAGGAUUCUAUUUUUGUAUAGAAUCCUUAGCUCGUUGGAUAGGUAUGUAUUUGCAUUGCGUGCCUUUGAAUCCCUCGCUGCGCCCAGGAUUCUAUUUUUGAAUUUUAGAAUCCUUCGCUUAGUCGAUAUAUAUAUGACGGUGCCGCACGGGUUUUUCAGGUUUCGUGGAUAGUAGUAAAUUAAAUUAUCAUAUUUUACUGUACAUUUAGGAUAGUUAACAUGUCAAAAGGGACUUUUUGUGUAAAAAAAAACGAGACCAGUAUGCAUUGACGGUACGUUGUUUUUUCUGUAUAUUUAUUUGUAUUAUGACGUUGCUGUGACUUUCAAUCAAUUACGUCGUCUAGAUAUGAACUUCUGGGCGUUCGAACUUCGCCUGGUUUUGUUAGUACGGUCAUAUUUUUUUUUUCCAAAAUUUGUAACGCCACCCCGAGUUUUAAGGUAUCAGUAUGAUGCUAGUACCUCAACAAUAUAAGAGAUGGCGUUUUAUUUAUUUUUUUACACCUCAAAUUCUAGAUGGCGUUACAGUCGCGGGAAAACGUUGUAUGGAGUUUCUCUAAUAAGAUAAUCGCAUACGAAUUCUUGCCGCUGGCAUUCGAGAAACUCUCCUUAUGUUAAUUAGCCCUAAAGGUCAUCACUCAUUGGAGCCAUCCAUCGCUUGAUCAGUACGCGUCACAUUGAACAUAGUAUUCUUUAUAUCGAACGAACGAAAGAGAUCUAUAUCUCUUUUUCCUCUGCUUUUGGUCUUGGUUUUUUCUCCUCAAGCUCGUUUACGCACGCUAGUGGACUGAAGUCCAUUGGUUGACAUACGGUGUCCACAGUCCACCUGGCAACAAGGACUGGACAACGAGUGAUGAGGUGAGGUGAGGGUUAUUAUGUGUCUCGGUGUACAUUGUGUUUCAACCAAAAGAUUAUCGCCAUUUUACGUAAAAUGGCUUUAGAACACAAGUGGUUGUAGCAAGUAACGGUAUUUUUAAUGAAAAACCGUUUUUACUUAAUUUAGUUAAAAUAAUCGUUAGAUGAUCGUUAAAACGAAAAAUCAGAAGUUGUGAUGAAGUUUUUACAAAUGGACUUGACGUUUCAAACGUGCUUGUAAACUAAGCCUUGAAAUAAAUGAAUUUUUAUAUUGUUUCUUUUUUAAAAAACAAUGCAGUAAGUAAUUGUUUGAAUGGUACACCGAGUUACGUAUUACUACCGGUGCCGGUUGGGUCCAGUGAGUUAUGACCUUUAGUCGCCCAUUCUAUUCUUAUGCCAAUAAUAAUAAUUUGACGUAAUUAAUUGAUGGAGGAACAAAGGACCGGUAAUUUAUAGGUGGGUGGAAAUAUUUUUAUUGAUUUAUACGAUAAUAAUUAGUCCCUUAUUUGUAGGGACGCAAUUAAUAUCGACGCCACAUUUUAUUUCAACAGAAAUUGAUAUGCAAUAGUUUUCUUUUAUCAAAGUUUAUAAAAAAAUAAUAUUAUUCUAAUAUAUUGUUGUUGGUAAAAUUUAUAUUAAUAAUAUAUUUGCUGCAAUACAAAUUUAAAGCAGUAUUUCCGACUCGAUAGCUUAGCUUUCUUUGUUACACGAAUGCGUAAAAUUCCAUUUUACCCACUAGCGUAGAAAAGUGAUUUAAAAUUCGAACGUGCGUGCGUGUUUAUAAAUAAAUGUGGCGUCCAUUAUCUAGGCACAAAGUAUGUUUUGUUAUUUAUAGUCGUUAUGAUAGCGAGGCGUAGAGUUUGAAGUGAUGGUGUGAUGGUAGCUUUAUACCCCGACGAUGUGAUGCGACGAUUUAGUGCUUUCUUGUAUCUGUAGGCCUAACAUGCGAGCCACGACACAUCAUGUGAAGACAAUAUGACAUUGUCGACCGACAGCGCAAAAUCGGAAAUAUCGCUCUGUCAUUUGUUUCUCGGUGCAAUUCGAUGAAAGAGAGAUAUUUCCGGUGCAGCCGCUAUUGGUCGACUAUGUUUUUAUCUUAUUUAUUGUUUUUUUUUUUAAUUUUUUAGAAGUUAGCCCUUGACUACAAUCUCACCUGAUGGUAAGUGAGGAAACCUGCAUACCAGAGAAUUUUCUUAAUUCUGUGUGUGUGAAGUCUGCCAAUCCGCAUUGGGCCAGCGUGGCGGACUAUUGGACUAACGCGUCUUCUUAGGAGACUCUUGCUCAGCAGUGCACAUAUAUCAGACCAAUUGAGAUAAUGUAUAAUUCUUCACUGACCCGAGGUUGGUAUCAAACCCAGGACUUCUUUAUUGAAACCCACAUUAACAACUGCGUUGGAGAUCAUCGAUGUUAAGAUAUAAAUAUAUAUAAUAAGUCGUCGUAUCCGUCGUUACGGGCAAAGAUUUCAAUAAUAAUAAUAUAAUAAUUAUUUUUUAUUAUUUUUAUUUUAUAUGGACAAUUGUGUUAUUUUUCGGUUGUAUAUUAUAUUUGUAUGGAUUGUGGGCCAUUUUGGACAUUUUUUGUAUAAUUAUUAUGAUAUAAAUAAAGUUAAUUAUUAUUAUUAUUAAA